AUGGCACUCCCUUCGUCAACAAACAUGUACGAGAGUUACUUGAAGAUUAUGGAAUUAAGCAGGUCUUCUCCACUGUCUACUACCCUCAAGGAAACAGACAAGAUGAGAGUACCAACAAGACGUUGGAUUAUCAGUCGAACAGUACAUGACAAUCCUAGAGAAUGGAACGACCAGUUACCAAUGGCGUUAUGGGCAUACCGGACGUCACCCAGAAGCUCUAUUGGAGUUUCUCCAUACUCACUUGUUUACGGUGCGGACGCAAUUCUCCAAGCAGAGAUCAAAAUCCCAUCAGCCAGGAUUGCAGCAGCAACUGGGGUCCACUGGAACGAGGCUGAAGCAUCUAACUCCAGAGUAGCUGAGUUAGACACUCUGGAUUUCAGAAGAAGCAAAGCAGAGGAACGCAUUCAGGUGUACAAGAAUAGAAUUUCCAGGGCGUAUAACAAAACUGUGAAACCACGUGUUUUCAAAGCUUACAUUACCGGCUACUACAAGAUCAUCAAGGUGGACGGGGGCAAGUUAGAAGCAGUCAUCAACGGAAAAUGGCUCAAGGCAGAUCAUGCUUGA